GUCGCGCGGCGUCGGUCCUCAGAGUCGGUACUACACUUCGUUGCUCGUAAAAUGGCGGGAACUUUAUUACGAAUCUCGAAUAUCCUCGUUAAGUCGUAAAUUUCAACAAAAAGUUUAUGUAAUUUACCUGAAGUGACAGGACAGUAAAAAAAAAACUGACAGUGCAAAGUUUUUAACUAGAAGAUAAAAUUUCUAUCGUGUUUUCAAUAAGUUUAAGUUGUGAUAACAAUGAAACGUAAUAAAGUUAGAGAUGUUCGAGCGGCGAGUAUAAUCUAAGUGCAGACGUCGUUUCAAAAAUGCAAUUGGGAAUUCUAAAGUAAGGAAUAUGUAGUCAACGGAAACUGUUUCAAAUGUGGGAGCCGAGCAUCGCGUCGUAGACAAUGCAUAGUCUCCUCGGGACGGCUAUAUCAUCGGCACUACUGCAAAUACUCCUAUGCAUAUCAGCCGUCAGCAGCGUCAGUUGGGAAGAAUGGUGGACCUACGACGGCAUUUCAGGUCCGGCGUUCUGGGGCCUGAUCAACCCGGAGUGGUCGUUGUGCAACAAGGGCCGCCGCCAGUCCCCCGUCAACCUCGAACCAGAGAAACUGCUCUUCGACCCCAACCUACGAUUUUUACACAUAGAUAAACAUAGGAUAAACGGGCUAAUCAGCAACACGGGUCACUCCGUGAUCUUCACUGUGGAGAACGAGACGCGCCACCACAUCAACAUCACGGGCGGGCCGCUGUCCUACAAGUACCAGUUCCACGAGAUACACAUACAUUACGGCCUCCACGACCAGUUCGGGUCGGAGCACGCGAUCAACGGGUACACUUUUCCCGCUGAGAUUCAAAUAUUUGGCUUCAACUCGCAGCUGUAUUCGAACUUCUCGGAGGCUUUACACAAAGCUCAAGGCAUCGUUUCGAUUUCUUUACUUUUACAGCUCGGAGAUUUAUCUAAUCCGGAGUUAAGAAUAUUGACGGAGGAGUUGGAAAAUAUUAAAUACGGGGGAGCGGAGAUGCCAGUAAACCGGCUGUCGGUGCGCGGGCUGCUGCCUGAUACCGACUACUACAUGACGUACGACGGGUCCACCACGGCGCCGGCCUGCUACGAGACCGUCACGUGGAUCAUCAUCAACAAGCCCAUAUACAUCACCAAGCAGCAGCUGCACGGGCUGAGACGGCUGAUGCAGGGGGACAACCGCCACCCCAAGGCACCUUUGGGAAACAACUUCAGACCCCCGCAGCCGCUGCACCACCGCGCCGUGCGGACCAACAUCGACUUUGAUUUGAGCAAGUAUCCCGGAAAGACAUGUCCGAGUAUGCAUCGAGACAUGCACUACAAAGCGAAAACCUGGACACAAUACUGAAGGUGAAACCGACGAUCUACGGUAGGCAUUCUUGUAUUCAGACAGUUAUGAGUUAUAGACUAUUUGAUUACACGUUGUAUAUAAUAUUGUCAAAUUGUACAGUCUCGCUGAUUUUCUUCGCCGAUGCUGAUGGAACUUUAGCUUCGAAGUGUACUUUUAAAUAGGUUUUUGUAUAAUAAAAGACACUUACCUUAGGGCUGAUGAUUCAAUUAAUAAUAAUACAGAUUUUAUAGAAAUAUUAUAUUAGUAUAAAAUAUAAGAACUAUUGUAUAGCGGCCUCAUACGUUUAGGGUUAUAUAUUUUCGGAUAGAUUGAAUAUAUGCGUCUCGCUGUCAAUUUAGUAUUCGAUAGAAGCGUUAAUAUUUGUAAAUGUUUUAUAACCUUUAUCACUUAAGACGUAGCGUACGAGUGAUUCGUAAAAAUAUAUUAUUAUUGUUACUACCGGCUACCUAUAUUUCAUAUCGAACUACAUAUCUCGGUCAAUAUGGAUCUUAUAUGAAUCAUUGUAAAUCCAUAAUAUUAUAUUGAAUAUGUAAAAUUAAAUUAUAGGCACGUCGAUGUUUGUAUUUUUAGAAUAAAACAGAUGCUUUUAUUAUUUGAGAUGUUUUAUGACAUAGCUUCUUAGACUAUAAUCUCGUCAUUGUCAG